AUGGGAGGUAGUUAUCCCGUAUAUGUUGAAAGGCAAUUGCGGACGGUGAACGAAAGGUUGUUGAUGCAGUAUAAUAGACCAUACUUAUUUUAUUCUGGAUUCGAUAUCUCUUGCAACGCUCUUGAGGGGUAUAUCCCUGAAGAAAUCGGUCUACUGAAAGGGCUAAUGAUACUUAAUCUAUCGCAUAAUCGCUUUUCUGGUAUCAUCCCACGGGGUAUUGGAGGCAUCAGCGGUUUAGAAUCCCUAGAUUUGAGUUUCAACGAACUGACUGGGCAAAUCCCCCAAUCUUUAGUAUCAAUGGACUCUCUUGGGUAUUUGAACUUAAGUGGCCAGAUCCCUAGAGGACCUCACUUUGAUACGUUAAGCGGGGAUGGUUCGGCAUACGCCAACAACAGUUUCUUGUGUGGCUUUCCUACAGCAAACAUUUGCGACGGUGAACAAAAAAGCAAUAUUAAUGAUACUACAUCUACCCAAAGUUAUCAAGAUGAUCAAGAAGAUGCAAAACAGAAAUUGUUGCUAUGUGCUAUUGUUGCAUUGGGAUUUGUAGUCGGGUUUUGGGGUCUAUUCAUUGUUUUGUUUAUUAGAAAAGAGAAAUGGUGGUUUCCAUAUUGGAGAUUCGUUGAUUCUGCUGCACUUGGAAUUAUUGGUUUUAUACAGAUAAAUAAUGUAAUUCGAUCCAUCUAA